GAGACGCGCGCGCGCGCCGUGGGAGUUGUGAUCAAAAUGCGCAGCUGGCGCGAGGAGCUGGACCGUGGAAGUUGAAUUCUCACAACACGACUAUCAUUCCGACGGAUGCAUUUUGGGACUCGUGGGAGAGCACGUGGAUGACCUGAGGGGUGUUUGAGGUGUAUUCUGUCAGCGCGCGCACGGACGGUGACGCGCUCCGGUUUGACUGACGGGUCUUCAGACUGUUGAUGUGUCCAUGUGGCGCGGAGCGCAAUAGUGCGGUCUCUCCCCCCCCCUCUCUCUCUCCCCCUCUCUCUCUCUCUCGUUUUAUCCUCGCUCACCAUUGCUCGAGUAUCAGUUACCGGGUCCCGACCAAUCCCCGUGCGCGGUCACAACCCGAGAGGAGACGGCAGACCGGAGAGAGACAGACACGCUGGAGAGGAAGCAAGAGGACCACGCGCGCGCACGCACACACAUCCAACCAUCGUCCGUCCUCCUAACCCCCCCCUCAGCAGUCCCCCCUGCUGCUCUCCUCCCCUCGCUCCAGGUCCUCCUGACUGUUAACCGGGGAGGCGCGAGGCAGGAUGCGCGAUGGGACAAGCGUGCGGACACGCGCUCCUCUGCCGUAGCCAGCCGCCGUCCUCCGAGAUACGCGGUCAGCAAGUGUUUCUGCGUCCCGAGGAGAGUUCAGCCCUGACUAGAAGACAGUCCACCACGUUGUCCGACCAACUGCAGGAUGCUUUGCUGCGGCUGGCAGCGGUUGUUGACGCGGGCUCACUGCGAGUGGCCCUUCGAGACAGCAUACGGGAGCUGCUACCCAGCACGGAGUGUGUAUGUGUCUACAUGCUGGACGGUUUCUCCAGGCUGUUAUCUGAAGACCCGCCACAUGAACUGCCCCGGGAGGGAAAGAUCAGGAGCGUCGCGGACCAGCUGAGGCGAUGUCAGUGCGUCGGCCUCCCUGCGUCCGAACUGCCCGAGAAAUACAGAACCUGCCUCGCGGCACCGUUACCGGCCCACAGAAGAGCUGUUGUCAUUCCUCUCUUGAACCAGGAGCGGGACACGGCCAUCGCUGUCUUACUGGUGGGCUGUAAUCCACUAUCGGAUCAGGAUGAAGUGCAUCUUGACGUGCUGGAGAAACACGCCUCAGUGGCGUGCUCGCGAGUCCAGGCUCUUCAGACGUCCUACCAGAGGCCUCCUCUCAGUCCCUCUCCCAUACAGUCCCACAAUGCAAUGCUGCACCUCCACGUCUCAGACCAGGACUACUGCGAACUGGACCGCAACAUUCUGCAACUCUGUGGUGAGCUCUUUGACCUUGAUGCAGCCUCUCUCCAGCUCAAAGUCAUCAAUUAUCUGCAGGAACAGACUCAGUCGCAGUGUUGUUGUUUGCUGCUGGUGUCCGAGGACAACCACCAGCUUUUCUGCCAGGUAGUUGGAGACAAAGUCCUAGAGGAGGAGAUCAGCUUCCCGCUGAUGUUCGGACGCUUUGGUCAGGUUGUCGAGAAGAAGAAGUCGAUUACUCUUCAGGACAUCAGUGUUGAGGAGCGCAGGCAGCUCUCCAGCAUGUUGGGCUGUGAGAUCUCCUCCAUGCUCUGCGUACCAGUGGCCAGCAGGGCCACCGGUCAAGUGGUGGCACUGGCGUGCGCCUUCAACAAGCGGGGUGGGCAGAGACACACAGAGGCAGAUGAGCACGCGAUCCAGCACUGUUUCUGCUACACUUCAACGGUCCUCACUUCGACUUUGGCUUUCCAGAAAGAACAAAAACUCAAAGUGGAGUGCCAGGCGCUUUUACAAGUGGCCAAGAACCUCUUCACACACUUGGAUGAUGUGUCAGUACUGUUACAGGAAAUUAUAGUGGAGGCCAGGAACCUCAGUGAUGCAGAGAUUUGUUCGGUGUUCUUGCUCGAUCGGGUCAGUCAUGAGUUGGUGGCGAAGGUGUUUGACGGAGGCGUGGUUAGCGAUGAGGAGAAGGAGUUUCGUAUUCCAGCCGAUCAGGGCAUUGCAGGUCACGUGGCGACCACCGGUCAGAUCUUGAACAUAAAGGACGCCUACUCCCAUCCUCUUUUCUACCGCGGCGUGGAUGACAGCACCGGCUUCAAGACUCGCAACAUCCUCUGCUUCCCCAUCAAAGAUGAAAACAACGAGGUGAUCGGGGUGGCUGAGUUGGUUAAUAAAAUGAACGGGCCGUGGUUCAACCGCUUCGACGAGGACCUGGCCACGGCUUUCUCCAUCUACUGUGGAAUCAGCAUCGCUCAUUCUCUGCUCUACAAGAGAGUCCAUGAAGCUCAGUUCAGGUCCCACCUGGCCAAUGAGAUGAUGAUGUACCAUAUGAAGGUGUCAGAGGAAGAGGUGACGAAGCUGCUGGUAACGGGGAUCGAACCCGUGCAGGAGAUCCACCCCUGCUUUGCCGAAUUCACAUACACGCCCCGCUCCCUGCCGGACGACACCACGCCGCUGUGCAUCCUCAGCAUGUUUGAAGACAUGGGUUUCAUCAACACAUACAAGAUUGACAUGAACACUCUCGCCAGGUUCUGUCUGAUGGUGAAGAAAGGCUACAGGGACCCUCCCUACCACAACUGGAUGCACGCCUUCUCUGUCUCACACUUCUGCUACCUGCUCUACAAAAACCUAGGGCUGUCCAACUACCUCGAGGAAAUAGAGAUUCUGGCUCUCUUUGUCUCCUGUAUGUGCCAUGACCUGGACCACCGUGGCACCAACAAUUCUUUCCAAGUCGCCUCACAAUCCGUGCUGGCCGCUCUAUACAGCUCCGAAGGAUCUGUGAUGGAGAGACAUCACUUUGCCCAGGCCAUCGCCAUUCUGAACACUCACGGCUGCAACAUCUUUGAUAAGUUCAACAGGAAGGACUACACUCGCAUGCUGGAUUUGAUCAGAGACGUCAUUCUUGCAACAGACCUGGCUCACCACCUUCGCAUUUUCAAGGACUUGCAGAAGAUGGCCGAUGACGGAUACAACCGAAAGAACCGGAACCAUCGCUCCAUGCUGCUGUGCCUGUUGAUGACGUCGUGCGACCUGUCGGACCAAACCAAGGGCUGGAAAACCACACGCAAGAUUGCUGAGCUGAUUUAUAAAGAGUUCUUCUCUCAAGGAGAUCUGGAAAAAGCCAUGGGGAACAGACCCAGUGAGAUGAUGGACAGAGAGAAAGCGUACAUCCCUGAGCUGCAGAUAAGCUUCAUGGAACAUAUCGCCAUGCCCAUUUACAAGCUCCUGUCUGAGCUGUUACCCGGGGCGACUGAGCUGUAUGAGAGAGUGGCGGCAAACCGGGAGCAGUGGACCAAAGUGUCCCACAAGUUCACCAUCCGCGGGUUGCCUAGCAACAACAGCCUAGACUUCCUGGACCAGGAAUACGAGCUGCUGCAGUCCCAGGGCGCUUUCGGGAGCGACGACCACUGCCUCAAUGGUUGCCUUGACGAUGCAGAAGGAGGGAGGGCCCAGUGACAUCAGCGGACUGCUGGCGGUUUCUCAAAGUUUUGCGUGGUCCAAUAAGAGGCUGAAGAUACCUUUUUCGUGACCUAAGAGGGAGGGAUCUCUCUGCUGUCAAUCACUUAGAUGCUUAGCAGGCAAUGCAGAACGGACAGGACAAAGUUUCAAACUAACUGAAUUUGACAAGUGAUUUGGAACAAGUGGAUCCAUCUGACCCGGUUGAGGGAUUAGAUGCCACACGUUGCUUGUGUCUCCAGUUCAGGAAAGCAGAAGGUAGUGACUUUUAUCUUUUUCAGCAGCCAUACUGGAAAAAUAGGUUUUUAACCACAAGUUACACGUUCAUUCAUACAGUACUGAUCUUGAUUACGAUUGUAAAAACACACAUACAUACAAACACACACACAGACACACAAAUGAACACGCACAUACUGUUUAGACACUCAACAGAGAGAGAGAGAGAGAGAGAGAGAGAGAGAGAGAGAUAAAAACAAUUCUUAUGGAAAAGAGAAAACUUCAACUUCAUGUAACAGUGAGAUAAAGUGCUAUUUACUGUCUGUAAAAUGUUUCAUAAAUGCUUAUAUUGAUUUCAAUGGCUCACCUUUGUUCACACACAAGCAGCUGCCAUAGUCCCUCAUCUGAUGCUUAUGAAUGCAUGUUAUCUGGACACCUCAUGUACUAUUCCUUUUAUCUACGUUAAGUGUCGGUUUCUCCACGGCUAAGAAAUCCAUGCGGCCCCUUUUUAUACCAUCGUGAUUUUUUUUUCCCGGCUCUUUAAAGAUACAUUUGAUUAAUUUAUCGUUCCACAAGGGUGAUUUAGUUAAUUUACUUACACAGCCUUAUAACCCUUGUGUGUAUUCAUUUACUUGUCCUCAUGGGAAAGUUUAAGGGACAAAUUGACAAUCACUGAUCAAUUAGUCACAGAUCCCUUGCCAUAAUACCCCCCUCACACACCUGGUUCACAAUAGCUGCUUGUCACUGCAAGUAUGCAGUAUGCAUGUAACCCUCAAUCAAAGGUCCCCCAUGACCUAAAACGCACACCCACUGUUUAUUUUUCUCUGACAUCCUUCUUACUCCCCUUCUCCAAUUCCACUUCCUUUUACUUCCUUUAGUUUUAUGAUGUCAUCAUAAACCACUUUAGACCGAGAGCAACCGAAGCCCUUUAAAAGAUCCAUCUCAUCUGUAAGUGUAAACGUGCCCGAGUAGAGCGUGUUAUAUGGAGUGUGUCAUUGAGUGUGUCAUAUGGAUCUGCCUUAUUGCGCAUCUUUGCUGCCUUUCUUAGAGCUUUUAAUAUAUGAAAAUUGAAAUAAAGAGUCUGUUUAGUACGUAUGUUGUAUAUUUGUUUAGACAUAGUAUGAGUAUCAAUGUGGUGAAUGAAUGAUCACAAUGCUCAAAAGAUGUACAUUUGUGAAAUACCCGUGUGAAGACCUCCGAUGUCAUGCUCACUUCUUUGUAUUUUAAGUUAUAAAUACUGUAAAACAACCAGUGGAUAUUAGGCAGACACAACAUGAUUUGUAUGUUUUCAAUGUACCCAAAAAUUGUUUUACUAGAGAACUAGAGAUGUAGCCAUUAUCGAUAUUACUAUAGCAUCAACGGUUCACUAUUGCUGCACCCCAAAGGGCACGACAAUUAGAGUUAAAUCCUCAGAUUGUACCUCAUAUAAAAGGGGAGGGGGAACGCUGGGUGUUGUGUCUCAGUAUGCCAAGUUCAGUUUUACUUUAUAGGAAAUGCUGCAGAGCGGGGUAAGGUAACCAAGGAGUAGUUACACAAAGAGAAAUUUCUGUAAUGCACAGAACUACUGAAGUGUGUAGACCCUGUGGAGGGUUGAGAUUGAGUGAGCAAAUGAGUGGAUGAAUAAGUGGGUAAGUAGAUGAGAGAGAGGGAGCAAGAGAGAGAGAGAGAGGACUUGAGGUAGUUGAGAUCAAGAAGGGGACGUUGAGUAUAACUGCUCUUUACAAAGCUGUUGUUGAUGCUCACGGUGCAAACACAAACAUCCUGCCAAAUUUCUCGAAAUGAAAAUAUUGCAAUCUUAGUAUUUAAAUAUAGCAUUGUGUUUGUCAGGGUCUCCUGAAGCCACGUGCUAACCAAAUAACUUUCCCCCUUGAUGCAAAGUGGUUUGAUUGAUGUGCUAUAGAUCGGGAUAUACAUCUGGGUUUGACCACUUGAUCUGCCUUGGUCUGCUUAAUGGACAGAUUAUUUUUUACAAUAAAUUUCUUAAAAGUCGUACCGAUACAUUUGUUGACUCUCUCUCUAUUUCUCAAGCUCUUUCUCCCACACGUGGCUUCUCCACUCCUGUUUUAACCGUAUCUCCUGUUUCAUAUGUACUUGCCUUUUUCAUGUGCAAAAUGAAGCGUCUGCCUCUGUAAUGUAAAUACCAAUGCCUCUUGUUGAAUGAUUAUUACGUAUGAGUUUCCAAAGGCAUUUAGGUGUUAAAUCACAAUGUUUCCAUGGAAAACAAAGAAUGGCUGUGACCCUUUUGAAUCUGAACUGCUUUUGACGGUCCAGACCCAGGACCGUCGUCUUUACUGAGUAUGCAUCUGUCCCUUUUUGUUUUAGAGAGUCCGAGUUAAAUGUGCCAAGCCAAAAUUGUCUAUUUCCUGGCCAAGCUGCAAGGUGAAAACUGGCAUACCUUAAAUGACUUGUGUUAUCUAAUGUUGGAGGGAAGUCGAGGGCUGUGCUUCAUUAUAAAACUUUCUGAUGCAUCUUAAACGGUCUAAAUUGCAGCUCAUUCAGGAAGUGUAAAUCCAAUGUAUUUCCCAUCGUCACAGCAGGACUUUAAUCUGUGUUGAAAAUGAAAAAACACCUGUGGCAUAAUGAUUAAAAGUGACAAAAAUAUGUUUGCUGUAAUUAUCAAUUUUUAAAAAACAAAAACGUUACUUAAUUGUCUGCCAUUACUACAGUGGGAACUAUUUCAAUUGUGUAAUGUAUUUAAAAUGGAUGCAUCCUUUUCUCUUUUUUUCAUACCAUUUUUGAUCAACCCCAAGCUUAAACUCUUAGAUAAAGGCAAUGGAAGAAAAACAUAUAUAUGUAUUGAGGUUAAACAUGUAAUUUUCUACGACAAAUAAGAACCCAAAUUAAUCUGAAAUGUAUACAUGAUGCUUUUACUGAGGUAUAAAUCCUGUCAUCUGUUAAUUCAUUUGUUUUUUUAGUUCUGAGUGCCGGUGGUCUUGUUCUUCUUCAGAUGUAAUGAACAAGAACAUUAUGGAUGGAAUGUUGAGAUCUUUUCUUUCUUUCUUGGAAUAAAUCUGAUGAAAGGCUU